AUGAUGAGUUCCAACACGCGUGUUCCUCACGAGUCUGCAGAAGAGCAGCAGCAGGUCACGCAGUCCACAAUCCUCUACCUGCUGCAGGAGGCCACCAAACUCGCUCCACCUGCAGACGAGGAGCACUUCAGUUCUGAACACACCGAUGCUCACUGCGGCCACGAUGACCUCCACAAAGACUCAGAGUUCUCCGGCUCUUUCUCUGUCAUGCGCGAGUGUGAGCACAGCAGCGCAUGGGAGGUGAUGCGUCUGAUAAACCAGCAGUGUGAACGGCUGCUACAGUCCAGCUGUGAUGAUGAUGGAGAUCAAGUGGAUCUUCUCUUAAAUACUGUGAUGUCAUCCACGCCGUCCUCAGAAGCUCCGUUUGAACGCAACUGUCCUGUAGCAUCCACCCGCUGCAUCCCACCUCAUGUGUGUUUCUCACCUGCUGUGAUCUGCAGCUCUGACAUCACAGAUGACCUCACAGAUGAUGAGAACGUGAAGGAACCCGAUGAUCUCGCGGAUCUUAUCAUGAGAAACGCCGUUGAUGACAUCAGCAUGACCGACGACACCUCCAUCCUGCAUGUCGCGUCCACAGAGGACCGUUGCUCUGAUUGGUCACAGCAGGUUGAAUCUGUUGCCCUGUCCUCAGAAACUACCGCUGACUCAGGGAUCCGCCCCCUUGAUUUCACUUCCUGUCUAGUGUCGGACGUUGCAAAUGUGUGGCUUCCUCUGAACGUGCAGCGGGAAACGAGUCCAUCGCCGUCAGCUGACCUCAAUAAUAAUCUCCUAGAGAGUCCGAUCAAAGAGCCGCAGGACGUCCCGUCAUCAUCAUCAUCAUCAUCAUGGGGUCCCUGCAGGCGAACACAGAGGAAACAGCCUCAUCCUGUCCGGAGCCCCGACCCCCAGGAUCCUGAUGUUCAGGGGGUCACAUUCAGCAUGUAUCCGGAAUUGGACACGAGCACACACCAGUGCAGCCUGAUCAUCACCUCAAACUACAGUGAGGAGAUCAGACGCUUGAAGAGCAGCAGGAACAGAUCUCUACAGACCACUCAGAGGAGCAGCAGCUCGGAGGAGGAGAGCGACUCCAGUGGCCUGAUCAGGGGUAAGAUCUGUGCGUCCUGUUGUACGAGGAAGACUCCUCUGUGGAGAGAUGCUGAAGAUGGAACGCCCCUCUGUAAUGCCUGUGGGAUCAGGUAUAAGAAAUAUCGUGUGCGAUGUCGACAGUGCUGGAAUAUUCCGAAGAAGGACGCGAACACAAACUCCAAGUGUUUGAAAUGUGGUGAUGUCCUGAAGAUGAACGUGCAGCACAAGUCCAGCGGCUGGUGA